AUGGCUCAUGAUUUUGGCAUUACGCCCCUGCCACAGGAAAAGAAGUGGGCUCCUAUGAACAGUGACGUGGCUGCAUUUGCAUCUAGAGCCAAAGUGGUUUACCCCAUCAACCAGAAAUACAGACCGUUAGCAGACGGCGCUUCAAACCCAUCCCUUCACGAACAUUCAAAGCUGCCGCCGAUGCCUAAUGAGUCCUCCUCCUCCUCCUCCUCUGAGGGAGGGUCUCUGGACCAAGAACAGGACAACAAUGACAGCAGUCAGUUCAUCUCCAACAUGGAGCUCCCCAGGAGUCUGCAGAACCAGAGUUUCACCAGAGUCUUCCACUUCCCCCACACCCUGACACAAAGCGGCUUUGAAGGCAGGAUCAGCCUUUACUGUUUGGCCUUGCAGGAAAUAGAACAGAACAGCUCUGAUCUCCAGGAAGAGAAGUAUCUGAUUUUCCUACAGAUGCUUAGGAUUAUAUUUAGUUCUCGGUUUCCUAAAGAUAAAAAUGAUGCAGACUUCGCCAAGAACACACUUUUGAUGCACGAACAGAAAGUGAAUGAGUUGAGGAAAUCAUCUACUUCAUGCCAAACCGCCAAAGAGGCGCCUCAUGAUGCCUCCUGUUCAUUGGAAGAGUUUGAGAGAGCUCAAAAAGAUCUGCUUGAACGCAGCCUUCAAGCGUCCAAAAGUUUCAGCUCCCAGUUGGAGGAUUUGUGCCAGCUUCUCCUGCGGAGGAAAGACGGUUUCUAUUCUGAAGAAGCGCAGGAGGACAUCCUCUCUGUCGUUCAGACUCUCCUGUCAGAAGAGGAGCACCUGAUUAUGUUACAGGAAGCCGAUUUGAAGAGAACUUUGGACAAGUUGCUGUGGUGGGAGGAGAUGUCAGCGCUUGUUCAGUCCCAGCCCGCCCUGCUGAGGUGGGAGGUGACUCUAAGACUGGGUUUGAUUUCUACAAGCGUGGAGCAGCUCACCAGUGCCGGAAACCUGAGGUCUGACGCCAAGGAAAGGAUCCUCUCAGAGAUUCAAUCCGCUCUGACUGAAGGGCUUCAGCAAAGCACAGAGGAAUGCACAAAGAAAACAAAGGAGCUGGUGACCGAAAAGUGCCGCAAAAAGGAGUCCAAGAAGAGGAAACUGGAGAGGAGUCAGAAGAAUGAGAGGAGUGCAGCUCUGGAGCUGAGUCAGACUCGCUGUGACCUGCAGGAGCAAACCUCUGUCUAUCAGGAGCUGCUGAUGAGACACAGGAAGCAGAUCUCUGACUUGGAGAUGCAGCAGGACAACAAAACCGUAGAGAGUCUCUGCAACCUUUGGAAGAAACUCCGGGCCUGCUGGUCGAACAGGCUGGCUGAAAUAGCCAAAGACAUCUUUCUGGCUUCGGUUCCUACUCAGAUGAACCUCACAGCCGAACGCUGUGAAAAUCUAUGGCUGGAUGUGGAGCAGGAACUGGCUGAUGAGCUGCAGCAGGCAGAGAGCAGCACCAGGCAGCAGCUGGAGCACAUCAGGACGGAGCUGGAGAAGGAUCAGCAGGUGUGGAUCGAUGGGAUGGCUCUGAGGCAGGCCUGUCUAAAACAUCUGGCUGAACAGCAAAUGAAAAUCGUCAGAGCUAUGGUAGCCAGACAGAGCUACACUCUAAGCAGUGACAUAGGGCGGCUGAUAGAAAAGAAGCAUGAGCACCUCUUGCUGCUGGUGCAGAGGUCCUUUGUGGUCAGGCACUUCAGUUUACAUAUGCUGAAGGAGAUGAGGAUGUCCAAACUUAAGCUGCUCUCUCAGAACGAUUUCAGAGCUCUGAUGUUGGAAGAUGCCAAUAAAACACAACUCUGUGUUGAUUCAAAUCUCAAGAAUAGCAGGGCCAGCCUUGCAGAGAGGCACCUGGGUCCAGAAAGCCAGCUUCUGGGAAACAACCUCCAACAGGAGUUCUUGUCAGAACUGGAAUCAGCCAUGGAGAUUCUUCAGAGCCAUUCACAGCUGCUGCUAGGCAACACCCUCAGCCACUCUAUCCAUCACAGGAUGGAGGUCAUGCCCAAACAGUCACUGACCUCUCCUAAAUAUGAUGCUAAUCUGAAACAACACCUAAAAGAAGCUGCAGCAGAGAGCGUCUAUUUAACCAAAGAUUCUCUCAGUGCAAUCGUUCGAAUCUAUUACUCUGACCUACGGGACAUUUCCAGUAAUCUACAGCCCUAUCAGUUAAACUUAAACCAGGAAAGAAAUCAAAGGCAAGAUGCCAGCAGCCAUCUGAGCAGAGCUUUGCUGAGAGAACUGAUGAACUGGGGCAAGAGACCCGCCUCCACUGAGCUUCAAGAAAGGGUUGUACUGAAUAAACAAAAGCUGCUGGAGCAAAGUGAUCUGGAUCAGGAGAUGGUGUAUGAGGAGCUGAGGAGGAAAAAAGUGGCCCAGGACCAAACCAUGGAGAGGGUUAAAGCCCAGUUAGUGGAGGCAGAAGAGAGCUUUAUAAGUGAGCUGGCAGCUAUGGCUCGCAUUUCUGUCCAUAAUGCAGACCUGAACUCCAGCAGUGAAGAAGACAAUGCAGGGGAACAAAGCGCCACGAUUCUGGACCUCCUGGCCCUGAACCCAGCAUUAGAUCCAGCUUUGAAUCCAUCUCUAACUCCACUGUUUGCCACUCCUACGGUCAAAUCAAAUUCAAAGAAGAAAGGAGGGAGAUAAUCUAAGCUGAAAUCUAUACACAAUAAUCAGAGUAUUUAUUUUUUUAUG